GAUUUUGCAGGGUCCGCCCAUAUUGAUUGCAUCAAGGGGUUUGCCCACAGAAUGCUGUAUUAUGUAGGGGAGUCGGUGAUCACAGUCCCCUUGUGAUGGCGCAUGGCUGCUGGAGACUGGUUUAAUGCAGCUGAUUCUUUAUUACAGUUAGCUGCCUGCUGCACCCAGGCCUUCCCAGGUCCCAGGCAACCACUGACCUUGCUGCAUUUUGCUGCACAGCCCUUUUCCUUUUUAUUUUAUUUGUCAUUUAUUUUUUUGUUGUUGUUGCACUUGACUGCUUCCUUCCACCAUGUGCUCCCAGCUGUGGCUGCUGACAAGCAGGGAUAUCCUGGAGGAUUACCCACAGAUGCGCAUCCUGGAGGCGCUGAGGCAGCGGUGUAAAGACCAAGAGGUGGGCUUCAGUCUGGUGUUAAUGGAUCAGAUCGCCCUCACUGUCAUUGAUGGCAAGCUGGGCUUGCAGGUUGAUAAGAAGACAGUGACCUCCUACCCUCAGGUGAUACUGGUCCGGCUCCCAACUCCCACCGUGCAGUCUGAUAGUGACAUAACUGUUCUGCGACACCUCGAGAAACUGGGCUGCCGUUUGGUGAAUCGCUCUCAAGCCAUUCUAAAUUGCGUAAACAAAUUCUGGACGUUUCAGGAGUUAGCUGGUCAUGGAGUUCCUCUGCCCGAUACCUUCUCUUAUGGUGGCCAUGAAGAAUUUUCAAAAAUGAUCGAUGCUGCGGAGCCUCUUGGGUACCCAGUGGUUGUGAAGAAUACUCGAGGGCAUCAAGGUAAAGCUGUGUGUCUUAUUCGGGAUAAACAUCACCUUCUAGACAUAUCUCACCUGGUACGCCAUGACGCUCCAUAUCUGUUUCAGAAGUAUGUGAAGGAAUCACAUGGGAAAGAUGUGCGCGUGGUCAUUGUUGGUGAACAGGUGAUCGGAUCCAUGCUACGGUGUUCUACAGAUGGCAGAAUGCAGAGCAACUGCUGCUUAGGCGGUGUGGGUGCCACCUUCCCUCUCAGUGAACAAGGAAAAGUGUUAGCUAUGCAAGUGUCCAGCAUCCUGGGAAUGGAUAUAUGUGGCAUUGACCUUCUCCUGGACGACAACGGUUCCUUUGUGGUUUGCGAGGCUAAUGCAAAUGUCGGUUUCACAGAAUUUGACCAGGCCUGCCAGUUAGAUCUUGGUGCCAUUAUUGCAGAUUACGCAAUAUCUCUGCUCUCCCUCUUACCGUCCAAAGAGGCGCCUGGGCCUCCCGCAGAAUCCAGCCCUCCGGAGACCGGUGAGAUGCAACCCAGCGCAUCUACCAGCACGCUCAAUGGCAGCGAUGAUGGAUCGAGCUGUAGCCAUGGUGUCUGUGGCGUCGAGGAAAUCAGGGAUUCAAACGUGCCAAAGCCAUGCAAAUCUGCACUGACAGAUGCACUCAUUGGGGGGCUUGUAGAGAAAUGAUGGAAUGUAUGUUCUGAGGUGAAAAUAUGUAUUAAUAAUAAUGCUGCUUCCUUA